GGUGCGAAAUUAAGUUUCUCUUUCCUUGUCUCGGCGGAGGAGGCAGCGAUGGCGGCCGAAGCUCCCUUGCAGGAUUUCCUGGAAGAAGCCACCUGCUCCAUCUGCCUGGACUAUUUCCAGGACCCCGUGCUCAUCCCGGAAUGCGGCCACAACUUCUGCCGGGGCUGCCUGACCGGCAGUUGGGGAACAUCGGAAUCGGAGGCUUCCUGCCCCCAGUGCAGACAGACCUUCGGGCCCCGCAACGUCCUCCCCAACAGGCAGCUGGCGCGGCUGGUGGAAAUGGCCAGGAGAUGCGAAGAUCCUUGGGGCGAGGACGGAGGGAGGGUCUGCCCGAAGCACCGGGAGCCCCUCAAGCUCUUUUGUAAGCACCACGAGACCCUCAUCUGCGUGGUCUGCGACCGAUGCAAAAAGCACAGGGGCCACUGGGUGAUCCCUUCGGAGGAGGCUUUCCAGGAGUACCAGAUCAAGGUUGGGGAUUGCCUGAAGGCUCAGAAGGAGGAGAAAGAAAAAAUAGCUACAUACAAAACGGACACAGAGCAAAGAGUUCAGGAGAUGCUUGACCAAAUCAAAAAAGAGAAAAAAAACGCAGUGGCUGAAUUCAGAGAACUACAACGGUGGUUAAAAAGACAGGAGAAGCUUCUUCUGGCCAGAAUGGAAGAGACGGAGAAGGAGAGUCUGGCAAGAAGGGACAAUGGUUUGGCUGGACUGUGCUCUCUUGACGAUCUCAUCCAGGAAAUAGAGGAGAAGCAUCAGCAGCCAGCCAGCAAACUCUUACAGCUCAAGGUUGGGGAUUGCCUGAAGGCUCAGAAGGAAGAGAAAGAAAAAAUAGCUGCAUACAAAACCGAAACAGAGCAAAGAGUUCAGGAGAUGCUUGACCAAAUCAAAAAAGAGAAAAAAAACGCAGUGGCUGAAUUCAGAGAACUACAACGGUGGUUAAAAAGACAGGAGAAGCUUCUUCUGGCCAGAAUGGAAGAGACGGAGAAGGAGAUUCUGGCAAGAAGGGACAAUGGUUUGGCUGGACUGUGCUCUCUUGACGAUCUCAUCCAGGAAAUAGAGGAGAAGCAUCAGCAGCCAGCCAGCAAACUCUUACAGGACAUUGGAAGCAUCUUGGAGAAGUACCAGGCAAAGAAAACAUUUGAGAAUCCAGUGGAUUUACUUUUAGAGCCAAAGUGGACAAUCUGGGACUACAAUGAUGUCACUGUGCUUCUGAAAAGCGCCAUGAAAAAAUUGAGAGAUACUCUGGAAACUGGAUUUCAACUACAGGAAGUGAAUAUAAUUCUGGAUCCAGACAUACCCCAUCCUGGAUGUCUUGACAUCUCCGAAGAUCAAAACAGCAUCAAAGGAGUUAAGCCAGUUAAAGCAAUAUACCCUGCCCCACACUGGAAGAGAUUUGAAUAUAAUCCUUAUGUCCUUGGCUGUCAGAGGUUCUCAACAGGGCGACAUUUCUGGGAAGUUAUUGUAGGAGAUACAGCAGGAUGGGGUGUAGGGGUUGUCAACAAGCCAGUGAACGUAACAAAUGGUGAUUUGCAGACCAGACACUGGCAGAUUGGGGAAUGGGGAGGAAAAUACAUGGCCAUUUCUCCAUCAGUAUAUUCUGAACUGGUCCUCAGUGAGAAGCCCACGAGGAUCCGCAUCUCUGUCAACUGUGAAGGGGGACAAGUGAACUUUUUUGAUGCCAGGACAGCAGCUCUGCUCCAUACAUUCUCAGAUGCUUCCUUGGUUGGAGAGACCCUUCUGCCCUCUUUCUAUUUGUGUGAUGGCGCCUGUAUGACAUUCCCCUAAAAGAGGGGACAUCAAUAGGCAAAACGUAUUUGCUAAGCAGUAAUCCCUGAAAACCUUUAAAGCAGACUUGCCUUAGCUUUUUGCUACUAAUGUACAUCUUCCUUUAGUGUUCUAUGCCAGCCUGAUUUUCUUGCAGUUAGGUGGCCUUGUAAAUGAAAGGAAAGGGUCACUCAAUCAAUUAGUCUAUAAGGGAAUAACCUGAUCAUCAUUUCUAUUUGUCUGGAUAAAAAAAAUGAGGUGUCCUAGGAGCUUUAUAGGCUUUAGCAUCAUGUGUUCAGGUGUGUAAGUAUUAAAGUUACCUUACAGCUAUACUUGUAAAUCAUGUGUUUUUUAUACGUCUGCCACAGCUCUCUAUACCAUUUAUGUAUCAUACUUUUUUGUGUACUAUUAGUUGCAAUAAAUAAUUAUGCAGGUGUGCAUAA